AUGUUGGAAAGUCUCGUUGCCAAUCUGCUCAAUCGGUUCUUGGGCAUGUACGUCAAGAACUUCGAUCCCAAGCAACUCAAUGUGGGCAUCUGGUCGGGCGACGUCAAGCUGCGCAACCUUGCACUGCGAAGGGAGGCUCUUGACCAACUGCAUCUGCCAAUCAAUGUGGUAGAAGGCCACUUGGGUGAAUUAACCCUGUCAAUACCGUGGUCCAAUCUAAGAGGAAAGCCCGUCAAAGUCAACAUUGAAGACGUCUUUCUGCUCGCAGCGCCCAAGGAGGAAGAUGACUACGACCCCGACGAGGAGGAUAGGCGGGCGGUAGCUGUAAAGCUGGAAAAAUUGGAGAGUGCCGAGCUUCUCAAGGAGCGCAACACCGAGGCCAUGAGUCCGGAGGAACAACAAAAGAGCCAGAGCUUCACGCAGAGUUUUGUCACGGCCAUCGUCGAUAACCUCCAAGUCAGCAUAAAAAAUGUCCACAUCCGAUACGAAGACUCUAUCGCAACGCCUGGCCACCCGUUCGCCGUGGGCUUCACACUAAAGGAAAUGAGCGCCGUCUCAACUGAUGCUGACUGGCAGCCUACAUUCAUCCAAUCAACCUCUGGGACCACUCAUAAAUUGGCCGUUUUGAACUCGCUGGCUCUCUAUUGGAACAGUGACGCGGAUCUGUUUGGAACCGGCAAGGGUGGUGAUGUUGGCGCCGAAGCUCAAGACAUUGACAAGGAUGAGCUGAUACGCCGGUUCAGGGAGGAAAUAGAAGAUACGGGCCACUCACAAUAUUUGCUCAAACCUGUCAGCGGUCGGGCAGGGAUUGAGAUGGACAAGACGGGCAGGACAGACAGACCAAAGACCAAAGCGCGUCUGCUUUUCCAGGAGCUCGGAUUCAUCAUUGACGAUGAACAAUAUCGCGACGCGCUGAUGCUUGUGGACCUAAUGCACUACUUUGUUCGCCAUCACGAGUACAAGAAAGACGCGCCAAAGGAGAGCCCAAAGGAGAAUCCUCGAGCCUGGCUCAAAUUCGCCGGCAAUGCGGUUCUGACGAAGAUUCACGAGCGAAACAGGAAGUGGACCUGGGAGUAUUUCAAGGAACGCAGAGACACCCGACUAAAAUACAUUGACCUUUUCAAGAAAAAGAAGAAGGAAAUAAAGCUCACCGAGCAAGAAACAAAUGAAUUGACCCAACUCGAGCACGAUCUGAGCUACGAGGAUCUACGAUUCUGGCGGUCGCUUGCUCGUACCCAGCUACGAAAGGAGAAUGUCGGCGUCAAGAAGCCAGCCCAAAAGCAAACUUGGUCGUCUUGGAUCUGGGGCGCAAAAGCCGAACAGACCCCAGAUGGUGAUGAAGACUCUGGCAUGACGGAAGAACAGCGCAAAGAGCUCUACAACGCCAUUGACUGGGACGAGAAGAAAGCAAUCGCCGAGAGUGUUGACCUCCCCCGGGAAAGCGUCAAGCUCCAAGUCGAAUCAAGUCUCAGAACUGGCAGCUUCACCUUGAAACGAGACCCUCAUGGGCAAGAGACCGAGGUCCUGAAAUUGGUGUUUGACAAUUUUAAGGCGAAGGCCCUUCAACGACCUGACUCUUUCCUAGCUGAGUUGGCACUGGGAGGCUUUCGCGUGUACGACGGCACGACGGAAGGAACAUUGUUCCCACAGAUUGUCAAGGUCAAAGGGGUCGAUAUUCAGCCUAAAGACGAGGUCAAUCAAGAUGACGCUGAAAGUUUGGACGACGAGGCGGAGGCCAAGGAUGCAGCCGCAGAGAAAGAGGACCAGGAAGAAGACAGCUUGUUCCACCUGGUGUUCGAAAAUAACCCCCUCGAUGAAAGUGCUGACACAAAAGUCGAUCUGAAACUCAAGAGUCUCGAGUUCAUCCACAAUCCCAAGUUCGUGGUGGAGAUCGUCAAGUUUUUUAAACCUCCAGAACGCCAGAUGGAAUCCAUCGGCGCCUUACUCGAGACUGCAGGUGCAACAGUGGAAGAAAUUCGCCAACAGACGCGCGCAGGCCUUGAAUUUGCCUUGGAAGAGCACAAGACAAUCAAUGCAAAUCUGGACAUCCACGCCCCUAUACUCAUCAUUCCCGAGAGUAUCACGGAAAAGAGCACCCUCUGCAUGAUCCUCGAUGCUGGCCAUGUCAGCCUCAACAGCGAACUCGUUGACAAGGAGUCAAUGCGGGACAUCCACGCAAAGCAAAAGCAGAAGUAUACCGAAGAGGACUACAGACAGCUUGAAGGCCUGAUGUACGACAAAUUCCACUUGAAGCUCGAAUCGACACAGGUUUUAAUCGGCCCUGGCAUCGAGGAGACGAGAGCGCAGCUGGAAGCAGAAGACGACUCGCAAAACAUGCACAUCAUUGAUCGCAUAAACAUGGCCUUUCUCCUGGAGAACUCAAUCAUACCGAAAGCCCCAGAUAUAACAAAGGUCCGCAUUUCUGGCACGAUGCCCGUUCUCCAUGCCUCCAUAUCAGACAAGAAAUACAAAAACCUGAUGAGGCUGAUUGAGGUUGCGGUUCCAAAAUUCGAUACUCCGAGCACGGGGGCAAACGGCAACGCCGUCGAGUUACAACCGCAGAAAAGUCUCGAAGAUAAAGCAUCGAAGAGGAAAUCCGUGCAACUGCUCGAAGCAAAGGAUAUGCCGAUCAUUGAACACGAUUCUGAUUCAGAAGAUGCUCCCGCGGAUAAGCCACCUCCGACCAAACCCGAAACACCUGCCAACAUACAUCAACGCAAUUUUGAAAUCAACUUCACGGUCGAAAGAUUGCAGGCUUCAUUGUACAAAGCAGAUCCAGAUGGCAAGAAACCAGACCAGUUGUUGGUAGAACUCGUGGCGGAGCACUUCUAUUUUGACUUCUAUCUUCGCCCGUACGAUAUGGUGGCUGAGGUGUUGCUGCGUUCGUUGAGCGUUGAUGACCACAUCGAAGAGGAGCCACUACCCGAGUUCAAGCAGAUAAUAUCUUCCAAGGGUUUCAAUGCAGAGGAGGGAAAGGACUUGCUUGACCUCAAGUUUGUCAAGGUCAAUCCGGAUUCACCCGAAUUGCAAUCUACCUACGAAGGUAUCGCUACCAACCUCGACGUGGCUGUAUCUACCAUCAAUGUCAUUGUCACAAGACGGACGCUCCUGACUCUGCUGGAUUUUGUCCUUACCACGUUCGCGAGUCCCAGGGACCAACAAACGAUACAAGAAGAUGCAGACCAACUGGAAGAGAGAGUCGAUGAUUCUCAACAAGCAAAGCCUCAAGCAGACAAGAUCAGAAUCAAGGCCCAGUUAACCAGCAUUGCGCUCAUUCUGAACAACGACGGCGUCCGGCUUGCCACAUUGUCCCUGAACUCUGGUGACGUUGGAAUCUUCCUCGACGAAGGCACAAUGCAGGUCAAGGCAAGACUCGGGAGCCUAUCGUUAGUGGAUGAUAUCAACCAGGGUGCGCCCGAAGAAUCACCGUUGCGCCGGCUGAUCGCCAUUGAAGGAGACGAUCUAGCGGAUUUCAAAUACCAGACCUUCAGCUCUGCCCGCAAGGACUACCCAGGGUAUGAUUCGGGAAUCUAUCUUCGGUCAGGUUCGAUCAAAGUGAACUUUCUCGAGGAGCCUUUCCGGAAGAUCAUGGAGUUCGGGGUCAAGUUUGGGAAGAUGCAAGCCAUCUUCAACGCAGCCAGACAGGCGGCAGCAAACCAAGCCACGCAGGUACAGGAAAGCGCACAGAAGAUGCACUUUGACGUCAUUAUCAAAACACCAAUCGUCGUUUUCCCCCGGGCCAUGGUGGAUGACCGACCUCGUGAUCUCCUCACGGCCUAUCUCGGCGAAAUAUAUGCAAAUAACAGAUUUGUCGGUGUCCACGGCCAAAGGGGUGGCCCUCUCGUCAACAAGCUCGCGGCCGGCAUCAGACACAUCCGCCUGACCAGCGAAUUCCACUACAGCGACGGCAGGUCCCAGGAGCUGGAAAUGAUUGACAAGGUCGAUCUUGACUUCAAAAUCCGUUACCUUGAACACCAGGCAGGCAUCGAGAGACCGGAUCUCGAAAUUGAUGGGUCCAUGUCACCGAUCAACCUGAGAGUUUCUCACACCCAACUCAAGUUCUUGCUGGAACUAUCCAAAACGAUUCCGGCAGCGUUUACAACCGACGAUGAAAGCGAGGAGGAUAUUGCCGAGGAACUGCCCUCUGCCACGACAGAAAGCGCAAAGGAUGUCCAGCCCGAGACGACCACUUCCGAGUCUCUUACCAAGCCGUCAUAUCAGGGUCCUGAACUCGGAAAUGGCGAUGAAACGUGGACCAAAUUGAACUUCGUAUUCAAGGCCCCAAUGAUCGCCUUGGAACUGAUCCUGGCGGAUGAAGACGAGCCGAUUGAAAACCUCGAAGCAGCCAGCCUGUCAAAAUUUUCCAUAAAUGAGACAAAUAUCAAAUUAAGGAUGGUUAGCGACGGUGCUAUGGAGGCAGAGCUCGUGGUCCACUCGUUCACCGUUCGCGACAGUCGCACGAAAGAAACAAAUAAGUUCCGGAAGAUAAUGUCUUUGAUCAACAACGAUGUGCAGCAACAGUUCAUGGCGAGUCUAUCGAUUACGGGUGGAGAAGAACGCCACAUGAUCGUCAUGCUUACCAUUGAUAGUCCCCGGAUUAUUGUCGCUUUGGACUACGUCUUUGCGCUUCAGGCAUUUGCAAACACGGCGCUACAGUCCGACGAGCCGUCGCCGAUUGCUGAAGUGGACGAUUUGACUGAAAGCAGCGACGCAAGCCUCGAAGAAGGGCGAGGCCAAAUAGAAAAUGGCAUCCAAGAACCCGUAUCAUCCGGCCAGCCAGCGAUGACGGUGUCAUUCCGACUCAACGUCGUGGACGCGCAGGUUAUCCUCAUCGCGAACCCCACCAUAUCCAAUACUGAGGCCAUCGUGCUUGGUACCAAGGAAGUACUCGUGUCAAAGCAAAACGCGCUGACGCUGCAGGUCAGUAAGGUGGGUAUGUUUCUAUGCAGGAUGGAUCGCUUCGAAACGAGCCGACUUCGGAUUUUAGACGACUUCAGCAUCCAGAUGUCUAUGGAUAGCCGAAGCCAAGGGAACGACUCCUCGUUGACGACGAUUCACAUUGAUGUAGAGCCCCUGGUUCUCCGUCUAUCCCUUCGUGACAUUCUACUGGCGAUGCAGAUUGUCAGCAAGGCUUCGUCUACAACACCACAAAUGAAGAUGCAAGAAGAUACAGAGCCGAAGAAACUUAAAGAUGUCAAAGCAUCCUCCAAAGCCCCUUCAACGAGGCGCAAGUCGAUAGCAGGGCAGUCAACCGCAGCACAGAGGUCCAGGAGGUCAAAGUCGAUCUCAAAGUCGGCCAAACCGGGAUCACAACCCCAGUCUUCGAAGUCAGUAGUCUUGAGUCGGGAAGAGAUGAUUGCGCAGAUCGAAGGCAUGCGGAUUAUAUUGAUUGGAGACAUGCACGAACUUCCCUUGUUGGAUUGGAGUGUGAAGAAGUUUGAUGUGGAUGUUCGUGACUGGUCCAGUUCCUUGACAGCUGACACCAAGAUCGAUACUUUCAUCAAUGUAUACAACUUCUCAAAGUCGGCGUGGGAGCCAUUGAUCGAGCCUUGGACACUAGGAUUUCACAUGUCCAAACAACUCCACCCCGAAGUGUUAUCCAUGGAGCUCUAUUCGCACAAGAAUAUGGAAUUGACGAUGACGUCCGCCACGAUCGCACUUGCAUCCAAAUCCUUCAACUUUCUCUCAACAGACGAAGACAUUCUGUCGAAGCCGCGGGUGGCCGACGCGCCGUAUCGAAUCCGCAAUUAUACUGGGUUCGAUCUGAGUGUCUGGGCGGACGAGAAGAGCGACAGUGCGGCUGCAGCCAAACUCUCCGAUGGCGAAGAAUAUGCAUGGCGUUUCGAAGACGCAACCUCGAUGCGUGAGAGUCUCUCGCCUGAGGGUAAUGCUGGCUUGGUGGGCGUCCGGCUCGAGGGCAGCGGGUUCGACAGCGUCGUCCGGAUUCCUGUUAUCCGUGAAGGAGAAACCCUGUAUAACCUCAAGCCCAGGAAGGAUGGUGUCCAGCACCGGAUGCUCGUCGAGGUUCGACUGGGUUCUGACAAUGUCAAAUACAUCACUUUCCGCUCGCCUCUCCUCGUGGAAAACAAGACUCAGAUACCCAUCGAGGUUGGCGUCUACAGCCCAGACGAAGGCCAUCUGCUCAAAAUAGAGAAAAUCCCUCCCGGAGAAGGCAAACCUGCCCCUGUUGGAGCAGCAUUUGUCCAUUCAUUGGUCAUACGCCCGGACCAGGGAUUUGGUUAUGGCUGGUCUAAUGAACGGCUGUUCUGGAAAGACCUUCUGAAAAGGCAGACCAGGGCCCUCACUUGCGAGUCGGAAGGCCGAGACGAGUCACCACCUUUCUUUUUCCAGAUGCAUGCAUCGUACGACGACAAAGACCCAAUCACAAAAGUCUAUCCUCACAUGAGAAUUCAAGUCUCGGCGCCGGUCGAGAUACAGAACCUGCUACCAUACGAUUUCAAGUACCGCAUCUAUGACAAGAAUACGAAAAAGGACUGGACGAACUUUCUACGUAAAGGUGGCGUGAGCCCAGUGCAUGUCGUGGAGCUAUCUCACCUUCUCUUACUGAGCGUUCAGGUGGAGGAUGCACCCUUCAAACAGAGUGACUUUGCAAUCAUCAAUAGCGACACCCAAGAGGGGUUCCGUCGAGAGAAAGUGCUGCAGCUGAAGGACGAGAAAGGGGCUCAAUUGCGAUUGAAGCUUCACUACACCAACAUCAAAGACAGCGGAGGAGCCUUCAGAGUAUCGGUUUACAGUCCGUACGUCCUUUUGAACAAGACUGGGCUUGAGAUGAGCGUUCAGAGCAAAGCAUUCUUUGGGUCUUCCUCGAAGGCUUCGUCGCCUCAGGGAGCGCGGACAAGCUCUGGAGAAGGAACAGCUCUGCCAAUGUUGUAUUCGUACGGCACCGAUGACCGCAAGAAUCGUUCUCUUCUCAAGAUCGGCGAUUCCAUGUGGAGCAAGCCACAGAGUUUCGACGCAAUUGGAAGUUCGUACGAGGUCGUCUUGCCCGCUGCCUCUGGAAAGUCUGAGAUGCAUGUCGGAGUGUCCGUGGCAGAAGGUGAAGGCAAGUACAGCUUGACGAAAGUUGUAACCAUGGCACCACGCUUCGUGCUGAAAAAUAAGAUUGGGGAAGACAUUGAACUGCGAGAACCUGGAUCGUCCGAGGUCUGGAAAAUGAAGAACAAUGAUCUCUUACCCAUGUACUUCAUGCGGCAGUCGCCCGAGAAACAGCUUUGUCUGUGCUUCCCAGGAGUCAACAACCAGUGGUCAUCCCCGUUCAACAUGGCCAAUGUCGGCAUGACCCAUGUCAAACUCGCCAAACAUGGCCAGAGACAGCGGCUUGUCCGCGUCGAGAUCAUUCUCGAGGAUGCUACCUUGUUCUUGCACUUCAGCAUUGAGACAAAGCACUGGCCCUUCUCCAUGAGAAACGAGAGUGACACGGAAUUCUUGUUCUUCCAGGCCAACCCCAACCUGGGUGAGGACGAGGAAGAAGACAAAGGAAGUGGCUGGAAGCCCAUUCGCUACCGGCUCCCUCCGCGAAGCAUCAUGCCGUACGCCUGGGAUUAUCCCGCUUCCAAGAACAAGGAGCUCGUCCUUACCGCUAGGGGACGGGAGAGGUACGUCAAAUUGGCGGAAAUCGGCAACUUGAUCCCAAUCAAGCUGCCACCGGAUGACCGUGGUGGAGUUAUGAAGGUGAUCGACGUCAACAUCGUUGCCGACGGACCGACACAGACACUGGUGUUGUCGAACUACAAACCGUCCAGGUCGCUGUACCGGCAGAAGACAGGUAUGACGAGCGCGUCGCAGACAAGCCUCAAUCAAGGAUUCGAAGUCAAACAAAUCGAAUCGGAGGUCAACUUCAAGGCCGAGCUACGACUGGCUGGGAUCGGGAUCUCGCUCGUCAACAGCAAGUUGAAGGAACUCAUGUACAUCACCUUCCGGGAGAUGGAGCUCAAGUAUGGAGAUUCGAAGCUCUACCAAACAUUGAAUUUCACCGUGAAAUGGAUACAGAUCGACAACCAACUCUAUGGCGGCAUCUUCCCAAUCUUACUGUACCCGAGUGUGGUGCCCAAAACCGGCAAAGAGAUGGAGGCGCAUCCCAUUUUCCACACGAUGGUCACAAGGGUCAAGGAUGAUUCAUACGGUGUGCUCUAUAUCAAAUAUGCCACACUGCUUCUGCAACAGAUCACGGUUGAGCUUGAUGAGGACUUUAUCUUUGCAAUGCUCGACUUUAUGAAAGUACCCGGUGCGUCAUGGUCAGAGGAAAAAGAAGGAAAACUGUGCGACGAGAGCCUGGACGUGCCUGAACCCACACGAGAAGAACAGGGUCAAGAUGUCUAUUUCGAGCUGCUGCACCUGCAACCCAUCCAGCUCGAUCUCUCCUUUGUCCGAACAGAGCGCAUCAAUGCUGAGGAUACAUUUGUCAACAGUCCGCUGAUGUUUUUCGUCAAUGUCAUGACCAUGUCGAUAGGAAACGUCAACGACGCACCCAUUCGGCUGAACGCUUUGAUGCUCGAAAAUGCAAGGAUAUCUGUCCCAGCGCUGAUGGCCAACAUUCAAAACCACUACACGCAGGAAGUGCUCCGUCAAGUCCACAUUAUUCUCGGAUCGGCCGACUUCCUCGGCAACCCCGUGGGGCUGUUCAACAACAUCAGUUCUGGUGUCGCCGACAUCUUCUACGAGCCGUACCAAGGUCUGGUGAUGACCGACAGGCCGCAGGAGCUCGGGAUUGGCAUCGCCAAAGGAGCCAGCAGUUUUGUGAAGAAGUCGGUCUUUGGCUUCAGCGACAGCAUGGCCAAGUUCAGCGGUUCCAUUUCCAAAGGUCUGGCAGCUGCCACCAUGGACAAGGAGUUCCAAGACCAGAGGCGAAUGUCAAAGAGCCGGAAUCGACCCAAACAUGCCCUGUACGGUGUCACUGCUGGAGGCAACGCUUUUGCCGCAAGCAUGGCAAGUGGUAUCGGAGGCCUGGCCCGACAUCCGUUGGAGGGAGCAGAAAAGGAGGGUGCUCUAGGCUUUGUCAAAGGCGUUGGGAAGGGGUUCCUGGGUCUGGCCACCAAGCCCGCCAUUGGUGCCUUCGAUCUCGCCUCGAACGUGGCCGAAGGAGUCCGCAAUACGACGACGGUUUUCGAUUCCGAGGGCCUGGACCGUGUUCGUCUGACGCGGUUUAUCGGCAUGGAUGGGAUUGUGCGGCCAUAUUCCCAACGUGAAGCCCUGGGUCAGUUCUGGCUAAAGACCUGCGACGAUGGUCGGUAUUUCAACGAAGAAUACAUUGCCCACUUGGAGCUCGAGGGUGGCGACAUGAUGGUGAUGAUCACCUAUGAUCGCAUCUUGAUGAUUCGGACCAAGAAGUUGCGUAUGGAGUGGGAUAUUAAACUGACGGACGUGCAAACCAUCAGUAAGGAACGGACGGGGAUGAGUAUCGGAUUGAAAGGAGGAGCCAAUGGGCCUUUCAUCCCUGUGGCGGAUGAGGGCAGCAGGAAUUGGCUAUACAAACAAAUUGCUAUUGCUGUGAACGCGUUCAACGACAAAUAUAACGCCAAAGGAUGA